AUGGUGCCGUUGGCUGCCGCAGCUGAUGAAGCUCCUUCCGUCACAGUUGAGAAUGGCAACCUCAUCUUUGUGCUUAAUUCUUCCAAGAGCGUUCUCAUCGAACAAGGCACAAACACGCUGGAUCUUCUGACCGUCAUCGCCAGCAUGCAAGCAUCUCUCUCUGAUGCCCAUGCGACCAUCGCCGCUCUCAACCAGACCUGCGCAGAUCUGCAACAGGAGCUUGGUGCCACGCGUGCGACACUCAACGCCAGCAUUUCUGCCGUGGCCCAAGACGUGAGCCAGCUCGCCAACGCGACAGACCUGCAGCUCAAUCAAAAGGCGGAUGCGGACGAGGUCAGCCUGGCCCUGGCUAGUGCCGUGGAUUCCAUGCGCGACUACGCCAACGAGGUUGGCACAGCCACGGCACAAGCCGCAGCCGAGGCACGCCAGAUCCUGGUCAACACGACGGCAUUCGCCGCUUACAGGAGCGAAAUUGCUGACCUAGUUGCUACGCUUGUUACCAAGGCUGCCCUGGCCGACAACUUGGAUGAUAUUCUCGAGGAAAUGGCCCUGCUUCUUGACCACGAGCUCACAUACGUUUAUGGCAACAUGUCUCUUCUCAACGGCACAAUUUCCAGCGCCACCUUCAAUGCCAACGCUGACAGUAUUCUCAACUGUUUUUCGCAAGGACUCGUCUUUGAUGCCGACUUGAACCGUUGCGUGCCCACUUUCGUUCACGGCGGGUGCUCGGCUAGUGGCCCUGUCAUCGCACACCUUGCAGCGAGCACCUGUACCAACAGGAGCUUUGACGGGACUUGUCUGGUGACAUGCGCAGAGAACUACUCGCCAGAGCGUUCCGCCACUUAUGUUUGCAACGAGUUUGCAGAAUGGGUGCCAGUGAGCGGUGAUGCCCUGGUUUGCGCAGACUCGGAUGAAUGUGCUGCCGGUGCCCCCUGUCCAGACAUGGCCACAUGCGUUAACUUGGAAGGCUCUUAUGAAUGUCGUUGCCCCUCGGGUAAUUUUACGAUCGAUCCCAACGCCGACUCCUGCUACGGCCUCUUUGUGCGCUUUUUGGAUCGUCCUGAGCGGAUGCUGUUUGACUUUGAGUCCAACUGCGAGAAGCUCGAGCAGGAUGUACCGACGGUCAUUCCGACCGAUGCCGUGGCCGUUUUGGCCUCGCUCUCCAUGUACAAUUCCUUGGGCAAUGAUCAUUGUGUCUAUUCCCUGGGUCGUGACAACGACGUUCCUUGUUCCAACUAUGACAACGACGUGUACAACGCCAACACUUAUCUCAACGACAUUUUGCAAACACAGAACGGCGAUAAUGGAGGUGCCCAGGGCGAUGGCAUGGCUGUGGGAACCACAAUCAUCCCACUCGCCGGACGCACCAUCAAGGGUGGCGUGAGUGGGUUGACGCGAGGCGUGAAUUCUCUCACAGUGUACAUCUACGGCUAUUUGACGGGCGCCGGCGAGUCUACGCUGCUAAGCGUCAAUCAAGUGCACAAUCUGCGGCAGACGUCCAAUCGCGGCUUUUCGAAGUAUGACCUCAAGCCUAGUCACAUCCCAGCCACCGGCGUCGCCGGCGUCUUGACUGCCUCCUCCAUGUUUGUUUCAAAUCGCGAUGAUCACUUUAAUAUGGCAUUUGGCCGUGACACGAGCAAUAUGCCCAACAACUGGGAUAAUGCCCCUUACACGAGUGCCUUGCAGUAUUGGGGCGACGCUGUCACCACCAACGAAGGUGAUUCAUCUGUCGCCAGCGCCCACUACGGCUGGAGUACAUUUUUGAUGACGGGCUCACUGGGAGAUGGUACUAUCAAGGUGGAUGCUGGUAUGGGCGCCAACAGUGACAAUCCGACCGUGUAUUUGACACUCCAGGUGUUUGGCUACAUCCCCUCUGCCCCGUUUACCAACAUCAUUUAUCUUCCUACCUCUGCGGCACGCACCAUGAAGUUUGCCCCCACAGCCCGCACGGUCACGACCGGCAUUUCGCCACCGGCUGGCUCUGGCGUGCCUACAAAUGCCAAGGCCUUGAUCACAACCAUUUACACGCAUGAGCAUACGAGUAGCUCAGAUCAUGUUGUCCACACAUUUGGACGUGACGCUACGCACACCGCCUCCAUCAUUCGAAAUGGCAUUCACGACUCCAACGUGUAUUUUAAUGACGUGCAAAUCUCUCACGAUGGUGGUACUGCCGGCUCUCGGUGGUAUUAUGGCCAUUGGCACGGCACGCAGAUUAUCCCGCUCAAGGACGACGGCACGUUUGAUGCCGUAUUUUGUGACAGCGAAUCUACCCCCGGUACCGCUCACUACAUCACCAUUGCGGUUAUUGGUUACGUGGCUGCCUAACGGACCUGACGGCCCAAUGCCGAAUUCAACACAUUCAAAUUGAUAUUUGCGGUCUCAAAAAAAAAAAAAAAAA